UCAAACACACGACAUGAACCAUCCUGUUUCAGGCUAAUCUAUGGUUGUCUUUGCCAAAACCUGAAACCUCUUCUCCACUUUAUUCUUUCUUUGUAUCUUUGUCUGUCUGUCUGUCACGAUGGCGGCAGAAGCUGUGUUUCUAAGAGGACUUGCAUCAAUUCCAUGGCAAUCUUCUUCAACAACAACAAAUAAAAGGUCAAAAACUAGCCAGCUUUUUCACUUCACCAUUCGGGCUUCUCAUUCCAUUGAUGAGAAGAACAGGGCCUACAAGCAACUUGGUCUAUUUUCAUUAAAAAAGAAGAUUGAAGAUGUCAUUCUCCGAGCUGAGAUGUUAGCACCAACUGCCCUGGAUGUUGAAGAAGCAAGGAGAAUCAAGCAAGAAGAGAUGAUUCGUGAUUAUGAUCUAUGGGACGACCCUGCUAAAUCCAAUGAAAUUCUUGUCAAGUUGGCCGAUAGUGUCAAAGUGGUUGAAGCUCUCAAAGAUCUAAAAUACAAGGCUGAAGAGGCAAAGCUGAUCACACAGUUGGCUGAGAUAGAUGCUGUCAAUUACAGCCUCUUUGAGCAAGCAUAUGAGGCAUCUUUGGUUGUCAGUGAUUUGUUAGAUAAAUAUGAGGUCUCUAAGCUCCUUGGGGGACCAUAUGACAUGGAGGGGGCAUGUAUCAAUAUUAAAGCUUGUCCAGGAGGCUACAAAUAUGAGGUCUGGGCUGAACAACUUCUUAGUAUGUAUAUCAAGUGGGCCAAAAAGCAAGGUUAUAGUGGUAGAGUGGUCGAGAAGAACCUUUCUACUAAUGGUGGUAUUGAGUCAGCAGCUAUUGAGUUUGAAUUCGAAUAUGCUUAUGGUUUUCUUUCAGGGGAGAGAGGUGUCCAUUUCAUGAUAAGAAGUGCUCAAAAUGGAUCUGAUCACAAUGAGGUUAGCUCAGUAGGUGUCGAUGUUGUUCCUCUGUUCCUUGGAACAACUCCUGACCUCCAAAUCAGUGAUGAGGAUUUGAUUUUUUCACCCCCUUUGUUACUUGGAGAAAAACAUGGCCGAACUGGAUGCACGGUCUGUGUUCAGCAUAUCCCUACUGCCAUAACUUUUCAAUCUUCAGGUGAGAGGAGCUACUUUGCUAAUAAAAUCAAAGCCCUCAAUCGGUUGAAGGCCAAACUUCUUGUUAUAGCAAAUGAGCAAGGAGUCUCCAGUUUAAGUAGCAUCAAAGCAGAUUCAAUUGUGGAUGUGUGGCAAAAGGAGACUCGGAGGUACAUGUUUCACCCCGGCAAGUUGGUGCAAGAUGUAAAAACAGGCAUUGAAUUACCUGGCCUAAAUUCUGUUCUGGAUGGAAAUAUUGAACCUCUUAUUGGAGCUCAUAUCAACACUAGACAUUCAAAUUUUACAAUCUAAAUUCACGUUGCUUGCUUGUACUCCCUACAACUGAAGCAUUUUUACUGCAUAUGAUUUUUGAAAACAUAAACCUGAUCAACAUCUUCAUCUUUCAGCUUAUGAACACUCGAGUGACCAAAGAACUGGCUGAUGGCAUAGCUGUGGAUUCUGAAUAAUAAAAAGCUAUAUUAAAAAAAA